AUGUCGGAGACCAAGGAGAUCGAUUACACCCUCAACAACCCCGAUACUCUCACCAAGUACAAGACUGCCGCCCAGAUCUCCGAAAAGGUUCUGGCUGCCGUGUCUGAGCUCUGCGUGCCUGGUGCAAAGAUCGUCGAUGUCUGCCAGCAGGGCGACAAGCUGAUUGAGGAGGAGAUUGCCAAGGUCUACCGUGGAAAGAAGAUCACCAAAGGCUUCUCUCACCCGACCACUGUCUCCCCUUCUUCUUACGUGACCCCUUACACUCCUCUCACAACCGAUGAGAGCGAGGCCUCAACCGAGAUCAAGGAGGGAGAGGCCAUCAAGAUCCAGCUCGGAGCUCAGAUCGACGGAUUUGGAUCCAUUGUCUGCAACACUGUCCUCGCCACCGAAAAGGACAAGGCCGCCGAGCCUGUCACUGGACGCAAUGCCGAUUUGAUUCUCGCCACCCACUACGCCAAUGAGCUUCUUCUGCGACUCAUGAUCCCCCCUGGCCUGCUUGCUCAGGGUACCGAAGAGGAGAAGGCCAAGGCUGCUUCCCAAAAGGCCCCCACCCAGGCCAAGAUCACCAGCCUCCUGGAGAAGGUCUGCGAGGCCUACGAAUGCAAGCUGGUCGAGAGCACCACGUCCUGGCUGUUUGCCCGCAACGACAUUGAGGGAGCUAAGAAGAUUGUCCUUGCCCCUGCCGAGGGAACCAAGGGUGAUGGCGUCCCUGAGGUGGGCGAGGUCUGGGGUGUGGAGAUGGGCGUGAGCUUGGGCUCCGGAAAGGUCAAGACCUUGGACCAGCGCGCAACUCUUCACCGCCGAACAAACCAGACUUACCAGCUGAAGCGUCCCACCUCCCGAAAGAUCCUUUCCGAGGUGCAGAAGAAGUUUGGUACCUUCCCCUUCAGCUUGAGACAGCUGGAGGACGAGCGUGAUGCCAAGUCGGGCGUUGUCGAGUGUGUCCGAAGCAACGUUUUCCGCCAAUACGAGCUCGUCGGCGACAAGGACAACCUUCCCGUUGCUAGACUCCUUACGACCCUUGCCAUCACCAAGAACGGCAUCACCAAGCUGGGCGGUGCCCCUGAGCUCGACCUCAGCAAGUACCAGACUGACAAGAAGAUUACCGACGAAGAGGUUCUCCAGAUCCUGGAGCAGCCCCUGGCCAGAAAUACCGGAAAGAAGAAGUCCAAGCCCAAGAAGAAGGCGACCAAGGCUGAUGGAACUGCCGAGGAGGGAGCCGAUGGCGAGGAGUAA